AUGCAUUUCUUUAAAACCAUCAUAACAAGUAUACUACUAUCGAGCUUUGUCUCAGCAGACUUUGAUAUGUGGCUGCGGCAAACCUGUUCCAUUGACGGUCCAGGGAGCGGCAACGAACUGUGCACAUUUCACUGGGUCACUCUUCCAGCCUACAACGGGGACUACUGUGAGGACUACGCGGUACAGUCAACACUUGGUGACGAGUACGACCAACCCUGUGACAAAUGGAUGACCAUGGACGGCGGAGGCCAGACCAUCAUUCACAAUUGCGCCAACAAUUACAACCAGCCUCAGGGUUCAUACUAUGGUGACGUUCUGCACUACAAGAAAGAUGGUACCACGGUAGCUGGCACCUGCCAGAUCUGGAACGGUCAGAUGGACCAGGGCAUGGAGGUUGCUAUAACCUGUGGCAGUUCGGUCUAUCUUUGGACAAGUAGGAUUGCUUGGGAAGAAGAUGGAACUACAUAUGAGAGAGAGGGAGAGAAAGAGGGAGGGAGAGAGGGAGAGAGAGAGGGAGAGAGAAAGGGAGAGAGAGAGGGAGAGAAAGAGGGAGAGAGAGGAAACGAGCUUCCUGAUGUUACUACGUAUGCAUUUGUUGCCUCGAGCUGCACUGCCGCCGUCUUCCCUGCGAAACGAUACGUUGGUUAUAGCUUCGAAAAAUUUAUAUUCCUCAAGCAUAUUUUGAAUGAUUUGUGGUGCUAUACAACACCAGCGAUGUGGUCGCGACCUCUCAGCCGAUAUAUCAAGCUGGCUCUGAGUGGGAGCUUGCCGCCUGCUUACACAGUUAGGCCAGAGCUACAUUCAUAG